AUGGGUACACCCGAAUUAAUGAAAAUCCUAGAAGACCCGGUGCUUUUUCAAGAAAAUCAUGAGAAGAUACGAAAUGAUAUUUUGAAGCACAUCAAGUCUCAGAAUGUCACGAUUAAGACGUUGACUAAUGAAUUGGAUACCUCCAAGUCGGCCAAUAAGGCGUUCAAGCAGGCGUUGUCUGAAAUAGGUACUGUUGUGAUUUCAGUUGCAAUGGGUGACUUAUCGAAAAAGGUCGAAAUCCAUACCGUCGAGUCUGAUCCCGAAAUCUUGAAGGUGAAAAUCACUAUCAAUACUAUGAUGGAUCAAUUGCAAGCAUUUGCAAACGAAGUGACAAAAGUUGCGACUGAAGUUGCCAACGGUGAACUUGGUGGACAGGCGAAAAAUGAAGGCAGUGUAGGAAUUUGGAGAUCGUUAACUGAUAAUGUUAACAUUAUGGCCCUUAAUUUGACGAAUCAAGUGAGAGAAAUUGCAGACGUUACAAGAGCUGUUGCCAGAGGUGAUUUAUCCAGAAAGAUUAAUGUGCAUGCCCAAGGGGAAAUUCUUCAAUUGCAAAUGACCAUUAAUUCAAUGGUUGAUCAGUUAAGAACAUUUGCCUUUGAAGUAUCGAAGGUUGCUAGAGAUGUCGGUGUUUUAGGUAUUUUAGGAGGGCAGGCCCUUAUUGAGGGUGUUGAAGGCAUCUGGAAAGAAUUAACAGAUAAUGUAAAUGCUAUGGCUCUUAAUUUGACGACCCAAGUUAGAAAUAUUGCUAACGUCACCACCGCAGUUGCAAAGGGUGAUUUAUCGAAGAAAGUCACUGCCGAUUGUAAGGGUGAAAUCUUGGAUUUGAAAUUGACUAUUAAUCAAAUGGUGGAUCGAUUACAGAAUUUUGCAUUGGAAGUUACUACAUUAUCCCGUGAAGUCGGUACUCUUGGUAUUUUAGGUGGACAAGCUAAUGUGCAAGAUGUCGAAGGAGCGUGGAAGGCUGUUACAGAGAAUGUUAAUCUUAUGGCUACUAAUUUAACUAAUCAAGUCAGAUCUAUCGCUACUGUUACAACAGCAGUCGCACAUGGAGACUUGUCGCAAAAGAUUGAUGUUCAUGCUCAAGGAGAAAUAUUGCAGUUGAAGAAUACCAUUAAUAAGAUGGUGGAUUCUUUACAACUUUUCGCAUCAGAAGUGUCAAAGGUCGCAAGAGAUGUGGGUAUCAAUGGUAAGUUGGGUAUUCAAGCUCAAGUCAGCGAUGUCGAUGGGUUGUGGAAAGAAAUUACCAGUAAUGUCAACACUAUGGCUUCUAAUUUAACGUCGCAAGUGAGAGCUUUCGCUCAGAUUACUGCGGCCGCUACUGACGGUGAUUUUACAAGAUUUAUUACUGUUGAAGCAAGUGGUGAAAUGGAUGCUUUGAAAACCAAGAUUAAUCAAAUGGUUUUGAAUUUAAGAGAAUCUAUUCAAAGAAACACCGCUGCAAGGGAAGCUGCCGAAUUAGCAAACAGUGCUAAAUCGGAAUUUUUGGCAAAUAUGUCCCAUGAGAUUAGGACACCUUUAAAUGGUAUUAUUGGUAUGACUCAAUUAUCAUUGGAUACGGAGUUAACUCAGUAUCAAAGAGAAAUGUUGUCUAUUGUUCACAAUUUAGCCAAUUCAUUAUUAACAAUUAUCGAUGAUAUUUUAGAUAUUUCUAAGAUUGAAGCUAAUAGAAUGACGGUGGAACAAAUUGAUUUUUCGUUAAGAGGGACUGUAUUUGGUGCGUUGAAGACCUUAGCAGUUAAGGCAAUAGAAAAGUCUUUGGAUUUGACAUAUCAAUGUGAUUCUUCUUUCCCGGAUAAUUUAAUUGGUGAUUCUUUUAGAUUAAGGCAAGUGAUUUUGAAUUUAGCUGGUAAUGCUAUAAAGUUUACUAAGAAAGGUAGAGUUAGUGUAAGUGUUAAGAAGUCAACCAGAAUUAUUGAAGACAAGGAAAGGUUAUUAUUGGAAUUCUGUGUCAGUGAUACUGGUAUUGGUAUCGAAAAGGAUAAGUUAGGCUUAAUUUUUGACACAUUCUGUCAGGCUGAUGGUUCAACUACAAGAAAAUUCGGUGGUACAGGUUUGGGUUUAUCAAUCUCAAAGCAAUUAAUUCAUUUGAUGGGAGGUGAAAUCUGGGUUACAUCAGAUUACGGUGAAGGUUCAAAUUUUUAUUUCACUGUUAGUGUUGCACCUUCUGCUAUUAGGUAUACUCGCCAAACUGAACAAUUAUUACCAUUUGGUGGUCAUUAUAUUUUGUUUAUCUCUACUGAACAUACAAAGGAUGAAUUAGGUGACAUCAAAAAUGGUGCACUUGAAUUGGGUUUGAAUCCAGUCAUUGUGGAUAAUAUUAAAGAUGGAAAUUUAACCGAGCCAGUGAGAUAUGAUAUAAUUAUGAUUGACUCAAUUGAAACAGCCAAGAAUUUGCGUUUACUACCAGAAGUGAAGUAUAUUCCAUUGGUAUUAUUGCAUCAUUCUAUUCCAGAAUUGAACAUGAGGGUUUGUAUAGAUUUAGGUAUAUCCUCAUACGGUAACACUCCUUGUACUAUAAGUGAUUUGGCCAGUGCAUUAAUCCCAGCAUUAGAAUCAAGAUCGAUCGCCCAGAAUACUGAUGAAUCAGCUUCCUACAAUAUACUAUUGGCUGAAGAUAAUUUGGUUAAUCAAAAGUUAGCGGUUAAAAUAUUGGAGAAACAAGGACAUCAUGUUGAAGUUGUCGAAAAUGGUUUAGAAGCUUUUGAAGCACUCCAGAAGACAAAAUACGAUGUUGUUUUAAUGGAUGUACAAAUGCCUGUAAUGGGAGGUUUUGAAGCAACCGAAAAGAUUAGACAAUGGGAAAAGAAAUCCAAUCCAAUUGAUUCCUUGAGUUUCAGAACUCCUAUAAUCGCAUUAACGGCACAUGCAAUGUUGGGUGAUAGAGAAAAGUCUUUAGCCAAAGGUAUGGAUGAUUAUGUUUCAAAGCCGUUGAAACCAAAAUUAUUGAUGCAAACAAUUAGUAAAUGCAUUCAUAAUAUUAAGCAAUUAAAAGAGUUGUCAAAACAAAAUAAUAGUAAUCGAACUUCAGACUUUGCCAAAAAUUUGAAGAAAUCUUCCAUAGAAGGCUCUGAAAUUCCAAACUCGAAUUUACUUAAUAUCGGUUCUAGUCCUACUAGUAAUAGUACCUACAAUGGUCUGUCUACUUCUCUGGCGUCUGAUGGCGCUACGUUUGCAAGCCCAAAGAUGAAAAAAUCCAUAUCAAAUGAUGUUUUCGUAAAUGGUAGACCAGGGAAAUUGUCUAUGGAUAAUAGGUCUGUCACAGAGAGCGCUAUUUCGCUUAAACCCAAAUCCCCUAAAUCUGACUCUAUGGAUUUGGAUAAUUCUUCUCCAAGGAUUGAAUAUCUUGAUUGA